UGCAAUCGGACAUCUCUUUUCAACGUUGUGGUGCUAUUAUGUUUGAGGAUAACAAAGCUGUCUUAAGCCUCAUGGGAAAACAAAAGAAAUUUUAAGAAUCUUAAGGAUGACAACUUAUUAGAUAUUCUACUUUUCCCCAUCCAAUAUCCGCGUCUUCUUCGGAUCCUUUCAGUGCGUCUGUUUCAAUUCAGCACGGGCUAAAAAUUCUUAUAGAAAACUUUCACAACCUGUCAGUUUACGAUCCAAAAAGGUUUUUUGACGAUCGUAACAGGAAAAUGGCGCGUCUAGUUGUUAGAUUUGCCGCAAUUUUGUUGAUACUUUUGCCGAUUUUGGUGUUACAGGUUGUUAUUUUGUACUUGGAAAGUUACGGAUGGAAGUUGCAUCUUACAACUGUGAUGCGACAUAAAUGGAAAAACGUCAUGACUGUUUCUGACAUCAGAGGAACAAAUGUAAUUAAUUCUGUAGCUACCAGUGAACAAAGACUGCAAUCAGUGAGACGAGUAUGCGGUAAUACAACAAAGUCGUGGGAUUCUCUCUCCGCUAAAGAAAAAUAUAUCCUUGGAAGACACACUUUAGUAGAUGACAAGCAUAGAUUUUUAUAUUGUUCCAUACCGAAAGCUGCCUGCUCAAACUGGAAGAGAGUAUUGAUGGUGCUUGAUGGUAGAGCAACCAACAUCAGUGCAGUAAAGAAAGUACAACACAGUUCUUUCACAAGGCUGAAAGAUUUUCCGCCAUCGGUUGCUAAACAGAAACUUCGGGAGUACUAUAAGUUCAUGUUUGUGCGAGAACCUUUCGGAAGACUUCUAUCAGCAUACAAAGACAAGUUUGUCUUAAACAAUAAUGUUUUCCACAAAAGGUAUGGGACACAGAUAAUACGACACAUGCGAAAAAAUGCUCAAGCAAAUUCUACAGGAGAUGAUGUUAAAAUAAGAGAAUUUCUACAACAUGUCUUGGACAGUCAUGCGGAGGACAUGAACGAACACUGGAUGCCAUUUUACAAGUUAUGUCAGCCAUGCGUUGUUUCUUAUGACUUCAUAGGAUCCAUGGAGAAUCUGGAAUCAGAUUCUACUCAAGUUUUAAAACAGCUUAAUGUUAAUGAACAAGUCUCUUUCCCCAGACGACAAAAUUUUUACCGGGCAGGGGGGCAAGGAUAUGUCAAACCCGAGAAAUACUCACAUGUACCCUUAGAUGUGAAAAGAGAAGUUAGGAAAAAAUACGCUCUAGAUUACGAAAUGUUUUCAUAUGAAAUGCCCAAUUAAAUUUGAAGUACUUGAGCAUUAAAACUCUAUACGCAUAAAUAUUUGUUUCCUGUUGGACUAAAUGGCAUCGCAGGAUCCCAGUCAAUCAUAAGCCAUAGGGUACCUAG